UCAGGCCGUAGAUGCUAAAGCUAAUAUAAUAUUUUAUUGAAUAUAAUUAUUUCCGUUUAUUUAUCAUUUAUAAGUUGAACUUUAGUGUUAAAUUAGUAUUUUUUAAGAACAAAAGUUACUCUUUCCGAAGACUGUAACGUGAUGAAAAUCCGCCUAAAUGUUAUGUGAACAAUAAUAUAAAAUAUAAACAAAAAAAGGUUAUGGCUGAAAUACUCUCAGACUCCGAAAAUUCUGAGAGCAAUGAACGUCCUACAAGACCUUCCUUGGCGCAAGUGAAAGCUGUGAUUGAUUUUAUGCAAAAACAUCCUGAUCUGGCUCACAGAAAGCUAAGGUAUGGAAUGAGUCAUGAAAAGUUUAAGAAACUAUGGAUAGAGCUCUCCAAUAUUGCCAAUUCAAUGAAAGGAGCAAUGAAGUCUACUAAAGGCUGGAUUAAGUUCUGGUCAGAUAAACGAAGAAGUGUUAUGUUGAAACAAAAACAUUUUAAUAAUGGAAAAACCCAAGAUAAACUUACACCUUUAGAGCAGAAGAUAUUGAAUAUCUGUUUUAUUGGAAAACCUGGGAAAAGAAGUAAAGCAGUAAAAAAAGAACCAUGUAAUGGUGAUAAUGGAUCUACAGACGAUAUAUUCAGUAAAGAUGAAAGUGACUUAGAAUUUCAAGAUACAAGAAAGCUAGUGCCCACAGAAACCGAUGAACGCCAUAUGAAUAUUAUGGAGAAAAUGGUGGAAGUUAUGGAUCAGCAAGCAUCAGCAAUGAUGCAGAUGGCAAAAGCUACUCUUAACAAUUCGAAAGCCAUGGAACGAAUAGCAGAAGCAUCCCAUAAGCAGGCCCUAGCUGUUGAUAAACUAGCUGGUACAUUUGAGACAAUAAAUGCUUCAGCAUUUGAAGUAAGAAAUGCCAUUAUAAGUAUUGACUACACAAUGAAAAGAUGUUUUUCUACGACUCCACCACAACACAGACAAAACACGAAUCUCUUUAGUUAAUGAUAUUAUCUACAUUUGUGAGAUAGAAAUAUAUGAGUGAACGAUUUUUUUUUUGUUGAUUGAUAAUAUGAUAUGAUAUGAUAUUGGUGGACAUAUUUACAUAUGAUACACCAAGACCCGACUCUAGGGUGUAUAUGUAAAUAUUUCUGUCAAUCAACUGUUACCUUCUAACACAGGCAUCAAGUUGCCUACCCUAGAAAGAGACGAACGAGUAUGUAUUUAAAAAAAAACAAUAAUAGGUCACUGCAAUACGGGUAGGAUUUCUCUAUACUUUUGAUGAUAUCUUUUUUAUUUUAUAAAUGGUGAAAGAAUAUUCAGAAUCGAAAAAAUGAAAAUAGUAUUUAUUUUUGCUAUGGAAUUUAAAAAAUGCAUUGUAAAAAUAUCGUAGUUAAGUUGUUAUAAAUCUGUACUGGUGUGUGCCAUAUAUGGACCGGGGCUAUAAGAGACUCGAGAGUGUGGGGCAGUGACAGACCAGUAAGGAUUGUCCUGAUAACUUGGGCAUAUCAUCUUUGUUUGGAUAUAUUAAUUGUUACAUAUUCCACGAGUGAUUGUUGGUCCUUGUUUUGCUGACGUUAAGUUGCCAUUUGUUUUUUGCUCUUAAUACGCGAAUAAAACCGCGGAAUACGGCUCGUGUAUCAAUCACUUGCUUACGCCGUCCGAAAACUAUCAAUUUAUAAUAAUAAAAUAAUAUAAAUAUAUUCGACAUUCGUCAUUAUUGCAGUUGACCUUUCACACGCUAUAAUAAUAUAUUUUAAUAUAUCUCUUGAAAUGUUUAUUUUUAAUAAAUUAUUCGUGCCUACAAUAGUAUACAGUUUUACCUUGAUCUCUAUUAAUAUAAGAAU